UCCCCGCAGCGAUCCAUACGUCCGCCAUGGCCGUGGUGAACGAGCGGGCACGGCUGCCUUGCGACGUCACCUCCGUUGUGGCCGAGGACAGGGUGGUGCUGAUCCUGUGGUACCGCGGUACGACGGGCACGCCCAUAUACAGCUUCGACUCUCGCGGGAAAACCGUUGAGGAGGGCAAGCACUGGCACGACGAUGCGGUGCUGGAGCAGCGGGCGUACUUCCACCUGCUGCCGGGCAGCACCUGGGGCGGCCCCUCGGCCCCUGGCGCCCACCUGGAGCUGUUCCCGGUGCUGGACAGUGACCAGGAGAGCUACCGCUGCCGCGUCGACUACCUCCUCUCGCCCACCAAGAACACCAUCGUCAACUUCACCGUCAUCAUCCCGCCGAAGAAGCCCCAGAUCUACAACGCCUCCAACUACCUCAUCGUGGGCCAGUCCGACGCCAGCAUCAUCGGUCCAUACAAUGAGGGGGAGCAGCUUGACCUCAUCUGUAAAGUCACGGGAGGUCGGCCAACACCCACGGUAGUCUGGCUGGUGAACGAGGAGGUGUGGCGCGCGCAGGUCACCGAGGACGCGCCGGGGGUGAUCAGCGCGGCCCUCACGGUGCAGCAGCUGACGCGCCGCCACCUCCACGCCGUCUUCGAGUGUCGGGCCUUCAACUUCAACGGUUCCCUGCCCGCCUCCGCCACGGCCACCCUCGACAUGAACUUUCGGCCGCUGAACGUGACCAUCCUGAGCACGCCGGACUACCUGAGCGCCGGGACGGAGUACGAGCUGGUGUGUCAGUCGUGGGGCUCGCGGCCGUCAGCCAUCAUCAGCUGGUGGAAGGGCGGCACCACGGCCCUCAAGGACGCUGUCAUGACGACCUCCCCGGACAGGAAUGUGACCACCUCGAUCCUCAACUACCGCGCGGAGAUGACAGACAGCGGGAAGCAUAUCACCUGCCGCGCCCUCAACCAACACAUUCUUCUGUCUGCACAGGAGGACAACCUGCGCCUCAACAUAUACUACAAGCCCGUUGUGACGCUUCAGAUGGGCAACAACCUAAACCCGGACAACAUCAAGGAGGGUGACGACGUGUACUUCGAGUGUCACAUCAACGCCAACCCCACCGUGCGCCUCGUCUCCUGGUUCCAUAACGGUGACCCGGUGGAGCAUCGUGCCACCAAGGGAGUCCUCAUCCAGAACCAGACCUUGGUGCUUCAGGGCCUGGCCAAGGACGCGGCGGGCUUUUACACCUGCACGGCCGUCAACAGCGAGGGCGAGGGGACCAGCCAGCCAGUCGUGCUCAGCGUCAAGUACAAGCCGUACUGUCGCCGCCACAGCAAGACCAUCUACGGCACGGCGCUGCACGAGCCGGCCAGCGUCACCUGCGAGGUAGAGGCCAGCCCAGGCCCCGUCACCUUCAGGUGGACUUUCAACAACACCUCGGAGCACCUGCCCAUCUCGGCCUCCGCCGUCACCUCACAGGACUUCGUGUCGGUGGCCAGCUACGCCCCUAAGAGCCACCUGGACUACGGCACGCUGCUCUGCUGGGCCUUCAACGACAUCGGCGAGCAGAGUGUGCCGUGCGCCUUCGCCAUCAUCCCGGCAGGCCACCCAGACCCGCCAAAGAACUGCUCCAUCGCCAACCAGACCACGGAGACCAUCGAGGUGGAGUGCGUGGCGGGCUUCGACGGAGGCCUCCCGCAGACCUUUUAUAUGGAGGUGUACGACUCCAACACGAUGGUGCUGCACCGGAACAUGUCCAACCGCGAGCCGCUGUUCUUGCUGACGUCCCUCAAGCCCGGCCUGGCCUUCCUCAUGGUGACCUACGCCGCCAACGCCAAGGGUAGGAGCGAGGCGGCGAAGCUUGAGACGUUCACCCUUAAAGUGGCCGAGAAGAGGACAGGUCCACCGGCGCUACUGGAGUUCACGCCCUUUCUUGGCAUCGUCCUCGGGGUAGUUCUCGCCAUCUUCCUCAUCGUCAUCGUCAUCAUCGUCGUCUUCAAGUUUCGGAAGCCCCAAGCGAACCGGCCAGAGGAGAGGGAGGCUGCCGGGGAUGAGUUUAAGGGAGACCUCGAGAACAAGCCGUCAGGAGGCGUUGUGCUGAGGGCAAGGCAGAAGGAAGGCUCUAGCGAAGGCGAGGACAAGGACCCCGACCUUAUUCCUCAAAAAACAGACAUGAUGUCCUACCAGCCCUACGAGGCCCUGGAACGAGGGGGUGGAGGAGUAGGCGGCGGAGGGGUCAGUCAGCCCCAGUUUGGUGCCGCGUUUGAGGCCGCGCCGGCUGUACGAGCGUCCCCCAUCCAGCGUAACCAGGCGGGCGCGGGCGGGGAGCUGGACUACACUGACUACUCCCUGCCGCCUGAGAACCUUCCUGGAGGGGCCUACAGCGGCGAGGACCCUUCCCUAUACUCCACCCUGGGCCACCGGAGGAGUCUGUGCCUCAACCCUCCCGCCCCCGCUCCCGAGGACCCCUCCGACAACCCCUACGCCACGCUGGGCUUUAGGAGAGGGAUGGGCGGGGGGGUUGGGGGUGUGAGGGGCAUGGCGGGCUUCUCUCACCACUCCAGUAACCCAAACCUGUACGCCACGUUAGACUACAGACGCGGUGUCACCAGCACAACCCUCAACCCCAGCCUCUACGCCACUCUCCCCCACCGUCGAGACGUCGCCGCCGCCACCGCCGCCUCCCCUUCUUCCUCCUUUGCCUCCAGCAUCAGCGUCACCAAUAUCAACAGCGCCUCCCCUCCAGGAUUCAGAGACUUCCGAAGGAGCUUCGUUAGCCCCCUCAUCAGAAGACCGAGCGAGAGUGCUGUUUAAAUAGUCUCGCCAGACACUAUAGAAGGACGAUGGUUCUGUAGACCUGCCAUUAUGUUUAUUGCCGGGUGAGUGAGGUGGUCGGCGUCUGACCCAGCGCUGAGGUAACGUGUGGCAGUGGCAUGUGUAGCGUUGGCUGGAUGAAGGGAUGAUGAGGUGACUAACCGAGCUGCGCCGGCCUUCCUGUAGGCUCUGCCAGCUGGCCUAGUGAGUGUCCUUCCUUCCCAAGGGCGAAAGAGAUCGGUUGGCCUCCGUCUUAACUAAAGCAUAAAACUGAAAAAAAAAAAUUAAAAAUGUGUUCUCUAUGUAGCUCUCUGGACGCGCGCCACUCUGCUGAGGUGGUUUACAUGUGGAUGAAUGUUUUUUCCUCCCUCUUGAGGCAGAAACAAAGUGAUGAACAGAAAAGAAAACAAAAAGUAAUUUGUGUGUGCUUGUUCUGUGGUUUGUUUGCUGUGCAACUGUGUCUCGCAGGAGUGUUAGCUGGACCUGCCUCAACCCCGGAUCGAAGGAACACUUCUAGGCAAGUCGUGAGGAGAGGUAGGAAGAAAAGGGUCGAUGACUAUUCAUCGAGCGGUGAAACAAAAACAGAGAGGCUAACUGAAGAACCCUCGCCUCGCCGGUCUUCCCUUCUCCCAGGCUGUACAUAGCAAGAGUCCCUGUACACCUCUAUAUUUAUGUCUUACUCUAUACCCCUGUUUUUCACUGCUGCUGUUGACGGAGGCAGGAGGCGGUCUUACUACCCAUACGUACAGCACAAAUAAAACAAAGCCAAACGAUCAAUUAGUGUCUAACAUAUCACUGACUACAAACCCAACACUUACAAAAUAAAAGAGAAAUAGAGAAGUUCACCCACUCAAAGGUGUAGCAUGUUCCAACCAUAGAAGGGAAAAUUCCAACACAAUCAUCGGGUAUAUUUUCUAUGUAGGUUAAACGAGGCCAACGUAAGCCAACAGCCAUGCCUUGUAAAUAGUGUACAGAGGUUAGUGUUAGUGGAUGUCGGUGGAAGUGAAUCUGUCUUUGGUCUGUCAGGGAUUAGGGUGGCGGAAGGCCGUGUGCUGUGCUUCCCUCAGCUGUCUGUCCGUCUGUCUGUAGCGGUGAUCGUGGAUGAGUUGAGUGGUGGCGGUAUUGAUGGUGCUGGUUGAGAUAUAAUGCGAGGUACCCAAGUGGUCGACGAUAUGUGUGAGUUUGGUGGGUCGUGGAGGUGGUGGUGGUGGUGGUUGAGGUGAUGGUCGAGGUAUCAUGUGAGUGGCUCAAGUGGUUGGUGUAGGCUGUGGUGGUGGUGAUGGUUGAGGCAUCACGUGAGGGGCUCAUGUAGGCGGUGGCGGUGAUGGUGAUGGUCCAGGUAUCAAGUGAGUUUCUGAUGACCGGUGGGGGGGGGGGGGGGACUGUGUGCCGUUCUAAUUUUGGUUGCUGCUGUUUAUGUGGUUUGUUUUCGUCUUGCUUUACGCUGUUUUAUGAUAUUAUAUUGUGUUUGUUUUUGUGUGACUCCGUGUUGAUUAUAUACCAAUGUGUGUGUGUCUGUGUGUGUGUGUGUGUGUGUGUGUGUGUGUGUGUGCGCGCAUCACAUAACGUGUAUACUAUUUUUUUCUUUUAUUUUUCUUUAGCUGGGGAACGUCUUAAACUCAAAGCGUUUCUGAAAAUUCAUCAUAUUUUCAAUUCCGUUUUUGGUCUUGAUAAAUUAAGGGAGUCAUUACAGUCGCUUUUUCCUCAAGGUUCGUUUCACUCAUGAGUCACAAGGUCUGAAGGGGUGACGGGGGACGAAUGGGGUUGUAGGAGACGAAUGUGAAGACCUGACGGCGAUACGGUGUGGUGGGUGAGUGGACAGGAAUGUGAUGCUGUGUCUGAGUGGAUGGGGAUGUGGCGUAAUGUGUGUGUGGACGGAAAUGUUAUCUUGUUAGUGAGUUGAAGGAAACGGCGCGGUGAGUGAGUCGGCGUAGAUGUUGUGCGGUGAGUGUCUUGAUAGCGCUGUGUUGUGUGUGUGUGAGUGUGCGAGAUGAUUCGGACGUAGUGGGGUGUGCAUGACGUGGUAGGUGACUUGACCGGGAUGUGUUGUGGUGUGUUUAAUUUGACAGGGAUUUGGUGUGGUGAGUGAAUUGACGGAGAUGUGAGUCGACUAGGAAGUGGUGUGGUGUAUAAAAACAAUGUGAUGUGUAUAAGUUGACUGGCUGGUGUACUGAGUGAGCAGACUGGGAUGUGGUGUAUUGAUUAAGUUGACGGGGAUGUGGCGUGGUAAAUGAGUUGACGGGGCUGCGGGAUUGUAGUGAUGUCUGAUGGAUUGACAGUAUCGAGUGAGUGUUUGGGUGAAUGUGGAGGUGUUUGUGUGAGUUGACGCGGACAUGAAGCUUUCACUGGUUGACGGGGACCUAAGUUGACGCGCGUCCUUGAAAGGAGAUCAGCAUGAAGGGUAUGGCGAGGCAGCAGGGACGCGGCGGGAGUGUUUGGAAGCCGAUUUUUGUAUAUUUUGUAUACUGGAAGUAAGGGACUAUUGUGCCUUUCGCUUAACUUGUAAAUGGGAACCUUUUUUGUCUUCUAAGUGUGACGUCAGUACUCAAAAUAAAAGUUACUUUGUAUGCAGUAUUU